ACUUCCUCGAAUGUCUGAGUGUAGUUUGCCUGCAGUUACUACUGUUAGAAGGAGAUUAUCAACUGCUAGUGUGAUUAAUUUAAUACAGGUAUACAUUUCUAGUAACUAUAUUUUAAGAGUAAUGUUACCGAUAAUCAAGCAACUACUAUUGUUUAAAACACUUCGGAUUGUCCAAUCGAAGACGCUUUCUCUAUCGUAAAGUGAGGUCACUGAAGUUAGUGAUGACGUCGACGCAUUCACUUGUUACUUGAGUGCAGUGACACAUGAAUUUUCUACGCCACGUUUAUCAAUUGUAUGAAAUGUUAACACAAAACUGGAAUUUACUUCACUUCAAAAAAAAAAAGAAUUCGGCUACAACAAGAUCUUUCAUAGGAAGACCUGCAUUAAGAACAUUGUAAUCAGGUUUUAUAUAUAAGAAAUGGCAGAAGCAGAAGUUUCAAAUGAAGAGACGAGUGUCGUCGUUUGUCCAGUUAAUUACAAACAAGCUGCAAAUGUAAUGGACGGAGUGGAGAACAAUGAAAGUAUGUUUAAGGAACUUUUGAACGUUGAGAAUUGUAAUCAAUAUCUGACGAAACUCAAGAACUGUACACAAGUUCACGUUGGACCUAAAAUAGAAAUUCAUUCUGAAAAACCGAAUGCAAGUUGCUUAAAGACAAAGAGGAAUGAAAUGUUCGACAAUUGCUGCCAGAAGAUGAAGGAAAAAUAUCUGACUUACUUUUCCUACAUGAGAUCUUUUUUAUGGGAAGGAAAAAGGAACGAUUUUCUACUAAAGGAUUAUUUUUCAGAAUUAACUGUAGAAAAAUCAGAUUUAUUUGGUAACAAAAGCGGAGAGAAAAUAAUUCUGAAUGAGAUAUUUGCUGUAGAACAAGAAGGACACCAAACUGUUUUAGUUACAGGAGAUCCCGGUUAUGGUAAAUCUACUUUAUGCAAGAAAAUUGCCUACGAUUGGGCAUCCUCCAAUUAUCUGCAACAUUUUCAAUUAACUUUCAUUGUAAUUUUAAGAGAAUUGGGUGAUAAAAAUGUAGCAGAUGCAUUACUCGAUGAUAUUUAUAAGUUAUCUGAUAAAAACUGGAAACUGCAAGAUAAAAAACUGAACAUUUUGGUAAUUUUAGACGGGUUCGAUGAAAUUGUAGAAAAAUCUAAAAUUAUAAACUUUAUAAGAGAGGAAUCUUUCGAUAUUUCUCGCACAAUGACUAUUUUGGUAACGAGUCGAACUCAAGCAGCGGAAGAUAUCAGAGAAGACAUGAAGAUGAGAAUAGUGAUAAAAGGGUUCUCUCCGGAAUAUCAAAAAAAAUAUGUUCAAUUAAUGUUUAGAGAAGAAGAAAGUAAAGCGAACGAACUGAUUUCUGCACUGUCAGAAAAUGAGUUUUACAGAGAAAUGUCAAAAUGUCCUCUGAUGCUGCACAUGUUGUGUUGUCUUCAUCGAAAUGGAGAAAUAAUAAAGCUUGAAACGAUGGCUGAUUUAUACAUCAAAAUAUUUACUCUUAUGACUGAACGUUACGUCAGAAAAACUAAUCAAAAAGAUAAAUUUAAAAGAGGAAAAUAUUUUGUGGGAGAAAAUUUGCUACUUAAAUUAACAAAAUUAGACAGGGACAAAAAUGUUAUCACAUCACAAGAUUUGGAGUCUUUAUUUCCGAAUGAAGAUGAACACAAGUUUAUUACUGGACUAGACAUUCUUACACUGGAUUCCUAUUGUAAAUGCGGUAAUAUCAUUCGAUACAGUCUUAUACAUCGGACAUUUGACGAGUUUCUUUCAGCUUUAUCUAUAUAUAUCGGAUAUAUUAAAUUUCCACAUAAUAUAUCUAAUAUGGAGUUAUUAUUUUUACUUGGAUUUUUUAAAGAUGAACCUUUACCCAAAAACUUUUUAACAUAUAUAGACAAACAAAUGUUCAUACCUGAAUUCAUGCUCCGCGCUCACAAACAAAUCAAACUGAAAAGAAAUUGGGAACAGUUUUGUUCUCAUUCAAAAGUGGUAUUUCAUUAUUGGAAAUUGCUGAUUUAUUAUCAAGAGCUAUUUAACUUGUAUGAAUUCAAAGAAGUGUACUUAUAUUUUUACGAGACCAAAGCGAAACGAAAGGAUUACAAAAAGAACUUCUCGAACAGCUGGAGUUGUACGAAUAAUUUUAAGAUUUAUCUUGUUCUCUCACUCGAGGGAAAGUUUUCGAAUAAUUUAUACGAUAUAAGAGAACCUGUUUCACGCAUUAUCGAUUUCCUUCAAGUAAUGAACGUAAUUAACGUAGACAUUUAUUUUGUUGGCGUAAGAUAUCUUCCGGGUGAUUAUUUCGAUAGGUUCACCAAAGUAAAAUACAAGUUAAAUUCGUCUGACAUCCAGGAAUUAUUAAAUAUUAGUGACGACGAGAAGUUGGUUGCAUUGGAAAGUUUCGACAUCCGAGAUGUUUCUAACAGUUGCACCCUGUCAUUGGAGCAAUACGAAACUUUACGCGAUCGUAUCUUAUUUCAGUCUGCCAGCAAACUGAAAUUAAAAUGUGCAAUGAUGUAGAAUUCUUUACAAAUAUAUAUUUGGUUUUUAAUAAAAGAAUCGUGUAAACUCUAUUUAUGAAAUUACUAGUGAUG